AUGUGGGAAGGGGCUUUAUCACGCCUCGAUAACGAUCUCUGUUCAAUUGGUCUGGAAGACGUCUCUAUUUUAACUAAGAUCACUGAUGAACCAAUCACAAUAAACCCAGACCUUCUCCGUAUUGCUCAGAGCGGAGCUGUGGCAGUUUUCGGACUUCUUGACUGGACGGUCAACAAUGUGGAUGGUUCCGUAGAACUUCAAAUAGCAAAUGUUGGUGACUGCUCUGCCGUUCUAUUCUCAGUCUCUGACGCGUCGAUGGGCGAAUUAAAACCCCAGCGUCUAGUUGAUCCGCACAACGGUAGUACCAACGAGGAUGAAUUGCGACGAUUGGUGAUAGAACAUCCAGAUGACAAAGCGGAGGACCUUAUUCGAAACGGGGGUCGACUACUAGGUGAGCUGGCCCCAACGAGAGCAUUUGGUGAUGUACGCUACAAGUGGCCCGCUGAUCGUAUACACAAAUUAAAUGAGCGCCUCAUUCAGGAGGACACGUGCAGUUCUGAUUUACUGAAUGCUUUUGAUGCUCUUCCUUCACCUUACAUCUCUCCGCCUUAUCUCAUCGUUAAACCAGAUGUGUCAAAAUUUUCGCUGAAACCGAACGAUCGUUAUCUAGUCCUCGCGACGGAUGGUCUAUGGGAUACUCUAACUCCAGAAUUAGCAGCCUCCAUUUUGAGUCGCCUUCAACCAGGACAGUGCCCUGCAACGAGAUUAAUGAGAGCAGCCUUGUCUGUCCCAAUCGGUCCUGAUGGCAAUCUCAAUCGCAAAGCAAAAGAGGAUCCCCGAUUAGCCUCGGCACUUCUUUCACUGCCACCUGGUGUUGCUCGACUUUAUCGGGAUGAUAUCACAUUGAUUGUAAUUGAACUUAAUGCGCCUACCUCGAGUAUUGCUAGCCCUCCCCUCCCAUCUAUGCCUUCCACUUCACAAAAUAACCCUGUUCUACACUCUCAACCUUCUUCAUCUUAA